AUGAGGACGCUUUGUCCUAAUUAUGAUAAGGAAGAUGGACUCGAUACAGUCCUGGAGGUGCCUAUUCCUGAAGAAAUGUUUAUCAAAAUGGGCAGCACCGCCGCUUUACGUUGGUCUAAUUUACGUCAAUUGAUGAAAGCUCAAUCCCAUUAUUCUGAUAGGUCGUCAUACCUCCAGGCCAAAUCAAACAAUGAGUUUAUGGCAUUGCUCAAACUUGUUGGCUCUCCUCUCAUCUCUUUUCAGGUUCAAUUGGAUAGCCCCUUCAGCCGCCCCAUUAAAGAUUCUAGCAUUGAAGCGUCAACGGCAAAAUAUAUUGUACAACAAUAUGUUGCGGCAACAGGAGGACAGGCGGCAUAUAACACGGUGAAUAGCAUGUAUGCUGUGGGGCAGGUGAAGAUGCAAGGAUCAGAAAUGCAACAGGGUGAUGAUAGUGUGCACGCAAGAGGCAAUUGUGAGGCUGGUGGAUUUGUGCUAUGGCAAAAAAACCCCGACCUGUGGUGCCUUGAACUUGUUGUUGCCGGUUUUAAGGUAAGUGCAGGUAGUAAUGGCAAGGUUGCAUGGAAUCAAUCCUCUUCUCAACCCAAUCACGCUCAUCGGGGCCCCGCUCGACCCCUACGCCGCUUCUUUCAGGGAUUGGACCCCAGGUGCACGGCUAACUUAUUCUUAGAUGCGGUAUGCAUUGGAGAGGAGACGAUCGAUAAUGAAGCUUGUUUCGUACUGAAACUGGAGUCUGCUCCUAACGUUCUGAAAGCGCAAAAUUCAGCUAACACUGAAAUCGUCCAUCACACUGUAUGGGGUUACUUCAGCCAAAGAACUGGACUGCUGAUUAAAUUCGAGGAUACAAAAUUAGUGAGAAUGAAGACCGUUAAAGGAAAUGAUAAUGUGUUUUGGGAGACGAGCAUGGCAUCUACCAUUGAUGAUUAUAGAUAUGUUGAUUCCCUCAAUAUAGCACAUACGGGAAAGACUGUUACCACACUUUACAGGUAUGGAGGGGCACAUAAUCAUAAGAGGAAGAUUGAAGAGACUUGGCGGAUUGAAGAUAUUGAUUUCAACAUAUGUGGAUUAACCUACGAAACCUUUCUGCCUCCUGCUGAAGUCAAAAAAGGACAAGACGCUACAGAGCAUUCAGUCACCUAGAUUUCUUCUUUCCUGAUUUUUGUUAAAAAAAUAAUA